AUGGUUGGAUGGGUGAAGCGGGCGCGUCCGAGCCGCGGCUGUAAUGAUGAGGCCGCGAACUAUGUGGCCAUGCCGCCAUGGUCAAUCUCGAACCAGUGCCUGUCUCGAACAGAGCAACUGGCAGGCUUGGUGCGGGACGAGUUCUUCCAUGGGUUGAACGCAGGAGAGGAUGCACAACAUGAGAGGCUGAGGAGGCACGGCAAGGCACAGGUGGCGGAGAGACAGGAGGAGGACUGCAGGAGAGGAGGAGAGGAGGAGGAAGAAGACCGACGGAGACAAUCACUCUUGAAGGCCUCCACUCCCCUCUCACUCCUCUCAGAGACUCUCCCUCACUCAAGGGUCACACGCUUCAACGCUUACCUUCUGCGUCUUGACCACGCCACACACAUUCCUCCUUCGAGCUUCACGAAGCACUUCCAUGGCCUCAAGACCCACGGCGGCCGAUCAAACGCGGAUAUUCUCCCACAACCAGAAAACCGUCACCGCCUAACUUCAAGUGCUUGCUUGACAACAGUACUGACUACUCCGUACUUUACCCCCAUUCCCCGGGUCUGUCAAUUCCCACUACGGUCGACCAGCCGACUUGGCUUUUGCUCGCUGUCGUCACGUCGCCACGAAUCUUCACCAAGUCUUGAUCCACCCUCAAACGCCCGGUCGCUCGACCAUGCCAGCUUGACAAUCGCGCGGUCCGAACUCUUGCGUCGCACAUUCAGCCCUUUCCUCCUACCCUGGGACCCACAUUCCGUUCUCCCUCUCGUUCAACAACCGAAUCUUCUUCCUCUACUCCUUCGGCUUCGUCCCGUCUCAAGUAUCGAUCUUUCUCUCCUGGUCAUCACCAAGAGAAACACUGUCGAUUACUUCGCGGGCGAGUAA